ACCCAUCUAAUACCCUUCUAAAAUACUCAAGAGUAGGCGAUGUCUAUAUUUAAAGUAAAGCAUUUGUGGUCUAAUGAGAGAUUACAAAGCGAAAACUAUGACGAAGGUAUUCAAAACAGCUGCUGCAUUAAAGUGGAUAAAUUUAACUCGCACAGUGAUAGCGAUUGCAUUGUUGUUGGCGAAGGAUCUCAAUUAAAAAUUUAUAAACCAAAUACUGAAUCAUCUCAGUCACACGUUAUUUUAGAAUCUCAACAAAACGACGUGAUAUUACAAGUAGAGACUGGGAAAUUUGUUUUUGACUCAAGUGAUCGACAGAUAUUAGUGUUACACCCACAAAGUUACUCGAUAUACUUUUUGGAAAAAAGAGAAGGUCAUGUAGAAGCAGGAGAUCAAAAUUUUUUGGAAAACUCUAUCAAACAUACUUUUACUAGAAAAGCGUAUAGCGUAAUUGUUGGCCCCUUUGGAAAUACUAAAAGCAGAGAUCUCAUUUGCGUACAAGCGUUAGACGGUACUUUAAGCUUCUUCGAUCAAGAUGCGUUCUUAUUUAUGUGUUUAUUUGAAGAUAUUAUUAUCCCGAGUCCAGUCAGCUACGUCAGUAGCACUGACUUUUUCAUUAUUAGUAAAUCCACCUGGGUGCUUGAGGCAUACAGUUAUCAACAGCUAGGAGAAUUCAGUGAGUUGAGUACCCGCGCACACAAGAAAAAUAUUCCCCAAUGGUCGUAUAGCCCAGGAGAAGAAAUAUCGUCUCUUCAAGUCAUUAGGACGAGCAGUAAUUUUUCCAGCAUCAUUGCUUUGGGAGAGAGAUACCUCUAUUGCUUCCAAGACAAUGGUUUGAUGAAGUAUAUGAUCCGAUUCGAUUUUAUGCCUGUUUGUUUUCAUGCGUAUCUUAUCGGUUGGUACUAUGAACCUAAUUCUCGCCUUCUCGUUAUGGUCGCUUCAGAAGAUUCUAAAUUAUACAUUUAUGAAGAAACAACUCUUUUAUGGUCCUGUGAUUUGAUGCAUAAGACUAUUUCGCUGUCGCGUUGUUUCAUUAAGAAUUUAUCUGGUGGUUUGGUAACCCUAUCUAGGAAUGGAAUUGUCCAUGUCAGUUAUUUAGGGACAGAGCCAGAUUUAAACUCCACCGUUCCACCAAUGAACAUGACUAUUGAAUCAGAAGAUAUUCAAUCAGAUUUACAGGAUAUAGAAGAAGAAUUGGAUAAAAUUUUAGAGAAUGACAAUUCAAAUAACUUUCCAAUUGAAGAAAUAAUAAAUAUUAAAACAGAAGUUGGAAAUGCGUCAAAAUCUUACGUGGACAGUAACUAUUCCGAAAUAAAUAUUAUAAAUUGUCCUCUCGUUACAACCCUUACGUGCGAGGAUCCUAAACAAAUUCAAAGCAUUCAGAUAACUUAUGCAUGCAGCCAACCAUUUUCAGUUGCCGAUAACACAAUAUAUUUAGAAGAUAUAAAUGGUACAGAGAUAGUAGAAACUCGUAUAUUACUCUCCAAUGACGUAGAUAUUUCUAACGCAACUAUAAAAAUGCUCUUCACUAUAAUAGACUGUUCUGGAAAAAUAAUAGUGCUAUCAAGAAACGUUCUUAUGCCAAUUAAUGUUUACGCUGGUGUAGUAAAUAUUGACAAGGAAAAUCAAUGUAAAUUGUAUUUUAGUACGAAUCAAACAAAUUUAAGUCUCGAAACAAUAUUUAAAGAUUUUUCAGUCCCUUCAGAUACUACAACUUUUUGCUACAAAAAUAUACGUAAAUCCGUAACUAUUAAAUAUAUGGUUGAUCACUACAUAAUUGAAGCUGAUGACUAUACGGAGAUAUUCCCAGUAUUACAGAACUUUGUUCAAAGGAUAAAGGUAAAUGAGUUAAACAUGAACAGCGAUUUUACGAUAAUUUUUAAACCAAGCCCAGAAUUGAUAAACAACAUGACUCAUAAAUUUCUCAAAUGUAUCGAAGUCCAUGCGAAAGAACGUAUUGUUUUGAAAAAUUUGGAGGGUGAACUUAACGUCCUUCAAGGUCAAUUUACUUUGAUUCAAAAAAAGUUACUUGUCCAAUAUGGUUCACUCCCACCCGGUAACUGUGAUUCGCUGGAAUUCCUUAUGAGAGAUACACACAAAUCCAUUGUUAUGAUUGCGAAAAGCAUGAUGGAAAGCAAGGCAAAAGUUACUCGCGCAGCAUGUGAACUUAGCUCCGUGGGCAAUCUGACACUGUAUAUUAUGAAGUGUUCCAAUCCCGAUGAUUCUAAUAUAAAAAUACUUGAGGAAACAUUAUCCUUUGAAACAUUUCAUGAAGAUAUUCAAGAAUGGGAAGAAGCAGUAACUCAAGCGUCAUCUUAUAUUUUCAACAACGUUCUCAAAAAAUCGGAAAAAGAUAAGGAAAAGAUGGCACCCGUUACCGAUCAAGAUAUUCUUUCACAUGUUAAUUUAAAGAGAUUUAUCAAACAGACACGAAUGAUAUUGGAAAAUAUAUUUCUAGAAGUUUUUGAUCAAUCUGAAAAAAAUGAAAGGGGUAAAGAAAAAGUGACACGAAUUGAAGAGUUUGUUGAAGUGAUAUAA